AUGUCCUAUAUGGAAUUCUUUGAUAUUCAUCCCCGCUUCGGCCAGAUGAACCGGUCAGACAGGAUCAGGCGCACCAACGUUUUGUGUCACUGCCUGGUGAACCUGUCGGCGCCGGAGUCAUUCAAGCGCGUCGAUACCCUCGUUGUCUUCGUCGAGGACAUGGAGACGAUGGCCACCUUUGCACUUUGGAGCGCUGGCGAGCGUUGUCCCAUGAACUUUGAGUGGCUGCCACACACAGAGCAGCCCCGUCGAGACAGGAGACCCUGGUCCGAGACUUUUGCCAGAUACGUCGUCGACCACACGCCCACUACCGAGUUCUUUGGCUUGUCGGAUCCGCCCGUUCCGACGUGGGCCCCGGCCUGCCACCCGCCGAGGCCCCAACAGCCGCUGGUCCUCUCGCCAUCGUUUGUCGGUCUGUUCCGCACCCACCACAACCCUUUCCCCGGCUAUGGGGACUAUGUGGUCCCGCUACCCCACGACCAGAUCAAGGCCAUCUCGUAUAACCGAAGCAAGGCCAUGAUCCGAGAGCUCGAUCCACUGUGGAUGGCGAUUGAGUUUUCGCACGUCACCAACAACGGCCUGCUCGGCAAGAACAACGAGUCGUUGCUCAUGCUGCGGCCGAGAAACACCAAGAGAUCGACGGCCGUCCACCUGCUUCGCAUGUGGGGGCUGGUGCUGGCCUGGUUCCACCGCGAGAUCCUGCUCAGGGGCCAGCAGAACGACCCGCCUCGGGUAGAGUGUCCCGCAAACAUUGUGCCCUUUGAGGAUUUUCUGGCGGGGCUGGCAGCUGCGAAUGAAUUGGACAGUAUCAGAAUCGAGGAUCAAGUGGAGGGGAUUCGUGGACUAAUUGACACUGGGGUUUUGAACGUUUCUGCCGUUGCGAGACGAAGGUAA